UGACGCCGCUUACACCCGGACCCGAUUUCAUUCUCUCACCGAUUGCCGUUCACGCAACUACCGUGUUGUUUCACUACGCUGCGUCGUUGUCAUCGUCGUCGUCCAUUUUGUGUGUGCUGUUGUCUAUGUAAUUCGUCGCAGUGUUUUAUCGUUUUCACCGCCGCAACUCUUUUGUCCGCGCUAUUUUGAUAUACCGCGAUAUCGAUUACAAACUCGGUUUUAUUUAAUUUUUUUUUUUUUAAACCUUUCAGUGAUUCGCGCGCGCGUUUACGGUUACUACGAUUAUUUUCGCGCCGUGCACGUUUGCCGUGUUAUCGUGUGCGUCGAUAAGUCGUACUCCAGUGCUGCUGCUUGCCGAAGAUCGAGUGGAAUAAACACCAGACACUUAUAUUCGCUUAUUCAAGAAGCGCUUGAACGAGAGGAAGCACUCGCUGCACCAAUCGUUUGCUUUGCCGGUUUAUUCGGUUCGUGAUAAAACGUUAUUUUUCUAAAACCCCACUACUCGUCAACAUCAUGACCGUUACGUUUGGCGUGACGGUGACGACCGACGGAGGCGGAGCCGUCAACUCUGCUAAUACCGUCAACGCCGUCGGCAACAACAACAACAACAACAACAUCAAUAAUAACAACACCAGCAACGGCAGGCGUGUGCUCAUGGCCAAAACCGAUUCGCUGAGCAACGUCAAUAACAACAACAACAACAACAACAAUAUUAACAACAACAACGGGUCGGCUGCGAACGUUUCGAUCACGGGCAAGGCGUCCGUGUUGAGCGUGAGACGCGUGCUGUUCGGCCCUCCGGCCGACCCGGCGGAGACGCGGGCGUGGCUGGACCGUCAACUGUGCGCGGCCACCGCGGCUGAUUCGCAGUCGUGGAACUUCGAUUUCGUCAACGAGCGCCCAUUACGCGACAGCCCGGCCGACCGUUAUGCGUGGGAACGCGUCUGUCCACCGCAGCGACGUGACCAAGUGUCUUCGGCUGCGGACUCGACGACGGCUCAACAACAAGAUUUCCGCAGGAGCGCCAGCAAGCCUCGACAGUCCAAACUCACAGAUUUCAUGGUUAAAACCAAGAAGAGACCAUUAAGCAUCACUGGAUCAUUGCGCUCUAAUAAAAUUGCGGACGAAGAGUUGGGUGCAUCCGCGAAUAAGAGAAGUCGCCGAUCGAUGGCGACGAUGGCUAUCUAAUCGAAUGAUGCACAGAGAGUAAAUAUAUUAUAAAAUAAGAAUAAAAUCCAAGUGCCCAAAAGUUUUUCUCAUUUUCGACUCAAAAUUUCGAGAUCUCCCAAAUAGAUAGUCUUAUAACUACUAUAUAUAUUGUCUUCUACAGGAUAUUCUUCUUGAAUAUGCUCUAAUAUAACAUUAUUUUAUGUGUGUAUAAUUUUUUUUUUCAAACCCAUCGUUAUUGUACAGGUGUUUUUAAAUUUUAAAAAUUUUAAAAAUAUGUAUUUUUUUAAACAAUUAAUAUUUAUACUGUUUUGUUUUUGAUCUCCUUCACGAAUAUUGUUCGAUUUUAUUCCGCCGCCUAUGCGCUGACCAAUGUUGUUAUUUUAUUUGUCAAUACAAAUUUAACGUAAAAUUCUAUUAGAAAAGUUUAUUUUUUUUCAAAAAUAAACUUUUAUCUAAUCAUAAUAUUGUUAAGCAUAGCUUAAUGCCUGUACGUUUAGUAUUAGCUCUAGAUUUUAAUGUUAACGUGCAAUUAUACAUUUAACUUUUUAAUUUUAGCUUGUUGAAAAAUUUAUAAAAAAAAGGUAAGAAAGCAUCACUAAAAAUU